CACACUUUUGCUUUUUCGUCCCACUUUGCUCAACAAUUCUUCCCUCACAAUCAUAGCAAGCUCCAUUAUAUAAAUCGCCUUUAUCACACAAUUCACAUUUUGCCGUUUUGCUACCACACUUUUGUACUUUCACUCAACUCCCCGGAAAAUGAUGAGUUCGUCACCGUCAACCGACGACGAGUACGAUUUACAGAGCGAGCGUUUUGAUGACAGUUACAGUCUCAGUGCUGACGUCAGCGAGUCGGAAACUAGUUGUAGUAGUACGAGUACUUUCUCUUGCCGUCGUCAACAACACGAUGCUUCUACUUGUUUAUCUUCUUCUUCUACUACGCUUCGUUCUACUGUUAUGUUGCCGGUUGUUGGAGAUAGACACGUCAUUGUUCCCCGUGAGAAACCGGAUAAAGGUGAAGCCGAGUUAUCAGAAGUUGAAUUGAUGAAAGAGCGGUUCGCUAAACUACUGCUAGGAGAAGAUAUGUCUGGAGGAGGACAAGGGGUCUGUACUGCUUUCGCCAUCUCCAAUGCCAUCACUAACCUAGCUGCCACUGUCUUCGGGGAACUCUGGAAGUUAGAGUCAUUAGCACAACAAAAGAAAUUGGUGUGGCAUCGAGAGAUGGACUGGCUUCUGUCUGUAAGUGAUUCAAUAGUAGAACUUGUACCUUCUGUGCAAGAGUUCCCUGGUGGCGGGACUUUUGAGAUUAUGGUUACUCAACCACGGUCAGACCUCUAUGUAAAUCUUCCAGCACUCAAGAAGCUAGAUGCAAUGCUAAUAGGAAUAUUGGAUGCCUUUUCUGGUUGUGAAUUUUAUUAUGUUGACCGAGGGAUAGUUGUUGCUGAUGGAGUAGAUGUUGAAGCAUAUCCUUGUUCCCCCUCCUCUAAUAGACCUUCCAUUAGGCUUGAAGAGAAGUGGUGGCUACCAUUCCCAAAGGUCCCACCAAAAGGUUUGUCAGAAGAGACAAGGAAACGAUUGCGGCAGUGUAGGGAAUGCACAAAUCAAAUUUUCAAGGCAGCUCAGGCGAUCAAUGCCAGCACACUAUCUGAAAUGGAAGUACCAAAAGCUUACCUGGACGGCUUGCCAAAGAGUGGGAAGGCAUCUUUAGGGGAAAUUCUCCACCGAUAUAUCACUGCUGAUCAGUUCUCUCCAGAGUGCCUUCUUGAUUACUUGGAUCUCUCAUCAGAGUUUACGACUUUGGAGAUUGCAAACAGGAUUGAAGCUGCUAUGCACGUUUGGAAGCAAAAAUGUGAAAAGAAGAACUUGAACCGGUCAAAGUCUGGAAAAUCAUCGUGGGGUGGAACUGUAAAGGGACUUGUUGGUCUUAUGGAAAGAUAUCAACUAUUGUCACAACGAGCUGAGAACCUGCUGAGGAACUUAAAGCUAAACUUUCCCGGCCUUCCUCAAACUGCAUUGGACGUGAACAAAAUUCAGUAUAACAGGGAUGUAGGACAUUCAAUACUUGAGAGCUACUCUAGGGUGUUGGAGAGUCUGGCCUUUAACUUGAUGGCGAGGAUUGAAGAUCUACUAUAUGUAGAUGAUGCUACAAGACGGCGUGCAGCUGAAGAGUCAGCAGCAAUGCUCGACCAGCAACAAGGAUUCUUUAACGCGCAUUCCCUACAGAAUCGGGUUCCUUGUGCUUCCAAUUUGGCUCAAAAUAAGUCUCAUCCGUCUUUGACAAGAGCUUUCAGUUCCUUGGAUAUAGUAGCUGAAAGCCCCGAGAAAACAGCUCAGUCAAUUGGGCAUACUGUUCUUAGCAGCCCACGAGUUGAGAAACACAAAGCACUCAGUUUUUGAGGCCUCGGAAGGGUGGUAGUAGUGGAAGUAGGUAUAGAAUACAAUGACAAUUAACUGCGAUUUGAUGCUCAUCAGUUCUAGAAAUUUAGGGGUUAUGGCUAUUCUAAUAUCAGUCUAAUUCUUUGAGUAGUUAGCUGCAACUUAAAGCUUCCAGAUAAUGCAAAAUCCAAAUGUCUGAGACGCGGUACUGUGAUAAUAUCUUGAAGGUAUAUUCUGGUUUUGGACAA